UGUUCCAAAUUAGUCACAACAGCAGAAAGACAGACAGACAGAGAGAAAGAGAGAGAGAGAGAGAGAUAUGCAAGGUCUCCAACAAUUUCAAGCAGCAGCUGAGGAACGCAAGUUACAAGGUAGAGAAGCAACCCUCGAUCAAAUCAUAAAAGAAAAUCAGUCCCUCAAACAACUCAUCUCCAGAAACGAACAGCAAAUGAGCGCCAUCCAGUCCGAGUUGGUACAAUUGCGCACUCAAACAGCUGCUCAUCAACACAAGUUAGAUAAUCAACCUCCACAAGCCAAUACCGAGUGGCAGCAAAGCAAUUAUGACAUUGCUGGAAACAGAUUAGAAAAGCAAGUGAAGCAGUUGAAAGAGUUAUUUCAUUCUUUCCAGUCAUCACCUGUGAUAGACUCCAAGGAACUCUUUCAAUCUUUGGACCAACUCGUUCAGCAAGUGAAGAAAAAGCCAGCGUCGACACAAGACCCAAGUCAGUGUAUUGCUCAGUUAUUUUAUGGACAACAAGCGUUAUCUGCUUUGGUAUCCGUUCACAAUCUAUGGCUCACAAGUAUUCAGGUAUGUGGUGCAUGGAAUAUUAUCUUGUGAAAAGUCGUUGUUAUAUGUAUAAAUAGAAUAGAAACUGU